AUGUUCCACAGACAGCAGCCCACACCCGCCAGCCUCGAUCACUUCCGCCUCGCACGUCGACAGGCAGAAAGGCAGCUCGUCGCGACCCUUGGUCCUCUCCACAACGACCUCGAAGAAUUCUAUACCGUUGUGCCUCUCCCCGAUGGCCACCGAGGCGAGCUGAAGGUCGUGCGACACAGGUUCAUGGUCCCGACACAAGCUUCCGCCUGGGGAGACGUUGAUGCCGGCACUUCAGCUGCUGGGAACAGCGGCAAUAUGGGCCGUCCAUUCAUCGUCCUCUUCCACGGAGGAGGGUUCUCGAACGGCAGUGUCGAUUACAUGACCCGCCCGGCGCGAGACUUUGCACUUGAGUUCAAUGCCGUGGUGGUCUCUGCAACGUAUCGACUUGCCCCUGAAUACCCAUUUCCGACUCCGAUGCAAGACGCAUGGGAUACCCUGGUGUGGCUGUCCCAACACGCAUGGGAAUUUGGCGCGAAUCCUCAACAGGGCUUCGUGGUCGGCGGAGUCUCAGCUGGAGGGACAAUGGCAGCUGUUUUGACGCAGUUGGCGCAGGAUCGAGGGCUCACGCCACCACUCACAGGGGCAUUCGUGUCCAUACCACUCUUGCUCGUCAAGGAGAUCGUCCCCGCCAAGUACAAAAAGGAAUGGACCUCGAUGGAGGACAACAAGAACAGCCCAUCAUUGAAUCGCGAUACGAUCCAGAAUAUUAUCCGCACCCUCGCCCCGGACGUCAGAUCUCCCCUAUUCUCACCCUUCAACAGCAGGACUCCUCACGUGGGACUGCCCCCGGUUUACAUACACGUAGGCGGAUUGGAUGUUCUGAGGGACGACGGCCUCGUCUAUGAAAUGGCGUUGAGGGAGAACGGUGUACCGACGCGGUGUGACGUGUUUCCCGAUCUGGGCCAUGCUGCGUGGACCAUCUAUGCGACAGAGUACUCGCGACCACGGCUGGGUCCCAAGAUGAUGGAAGCGAUGAGGUGGCUGUUGAAUCAGGAAGGAUUGAGAAGGCAGUAG